ACAAAAUCUAUUUAUUUUUAUAUUUCUUGUGGCGCACUUAAGUAAACAAUGUGAAAACUAAUUUCAAGAUGACUUGACAAGAAUAAAAAUGAUCCAGGAUGAAACCACAGCAAUUUAAAUGUUUUUUCUAGAACAGAAGAUCAUGGAAACAGCAUUUUAUUGUUACUUAUCAAUGAUUACAUCCAUCCUUUGUCUUGGUCUGUUUUUUUGUAGCUCCAAACUUUCACAUUUCAUUUCCUCUACUUAUUUACAGCUUUCAUUUAAAGAUAAAAUUAAUUGGAAUACCAGAAUUACAUCAAAUAUUCAUGCUGUAGUUGUUACUUCUUUGGCACUCUAUGCAUUCUUCUAUGAUGAAGCAACUCUAGCUGACUCCUUUUGGUAUACUAAUUCAAUAAUUGUAAGAAUUGGGAUUUCAAUUACUUUUGGCUUUAUAUUUACUGAUCUCCUUAUUAUUCUGUGGUAUUAUGAUUGUUUUCAAGAGAUAAAUUUUAUUAUUCAUCAUCUCAUGGUUCUAUUGGCAUAUUAUUUUGUUGUGGGAAAAGGAUAUCUUUUGUUUUUUGCAAAUAUUCGUCAAAUUGCUGAACUCUCUACACCAUUUGUCAAUCAAAGAUGGUUUUACCAUAUAACUGGUCAACCACGCCACUCCAGAUUGUUUGUUCAGAAUGGUAUUAUCAUGGUUUUUGCUUUCUUUUUGGGUCGGAUUGUGUUUAUUCCAUAUUUUUAUUUCAAGACUUUAAGUGUUUGGUCAGACCCAAAACGCAUCGCACUUGGACCAGUUGUAUCAUUUCUUUGGAUUUUUACCACCAUAGUUCUGGAUGUUCUUAAUAUUUUUUGGUUUUUUAAAAUGAUACAAGGUUGUGUUAAAUUAUUUUUUCCAUAUUUUUCCACAAAGUCUAAAUGAAUGAAAGAUCAAAUCUGAGUGUUCAUUUACUGUGCUUGUAAAAUGUGCUGUGAUUACCACUAGUGUUAUUAUAAAAGCAACCCAAGUUGCUACAUUAUAUUAUAAAUUAUUGUAAACAGGAUUUUUCAAAAA